AUGAAAUUAUCAAACAGAUCUUCAUCAUUAACUAUUUCAUAAAGUGAUAUCUACUCUAGAUUCCUUGAUAUGCAUGAAGAAUUGACCAAAUCUUCAUAAAACAUUAACAAUCUCAUAGAUCAUAGUCUUAAACAAUUAGCAAGCACAAGAGAAGCGUCCAGAAUUAGUUUAUCUGCCAAUUCUCAAAAUCAAUAAGAACUCAAUUCUUUUGAAGAAAUGGCAAUAGAAGAAGAUUUGGACUCAGAAACAUAGCCUUAAAAAAAUGAAAGAGAACUAGUUUUAGAAAAUAAAAUUAAGAUCUAUGAAUCUUCACUUAUUAAAUUUGAACAAGAAAACUUGUAAAAAGAUCGAGAAAUUCUUAGACUCAAGAAAUUAUUGAAUGAUUAAAAUCUAUAAAUAACUAUGUAGAAUCCAGACGAAAUUUAUUAAGAAUAAAGUGUUAUUAGAUAGAAACUAUAAGUUCUUGAUGGCUAAUUAGAUUAUCUGUAAGAAAAAAAGGAAAUUCGCAAGAGAAUGAAAGAAUGGGAAAUCAUUCUCAAAGAACAAUCAGAAAUUAUAAAAUCGCAGAAACUAGAAAUUAGUCGAUUAAAACACAUAAAUUCAUACUUACACAAAUCUAUUGAAAAAUUAUAAACAUUGUGA